GCCGGGGCUCCUCUCGGCCUGCCCCGGGCCCGGGCCGGCUGUCCCUGACGCUCGGGCGUUCCCGGCAGUGUCGAGAGUGGUAAAGGCGGACAUGCUGCAGUUGCGGGAUUCGGUGGACUCGGCCGGCACGAGCCCCACGACGCUGGUCCCGACCCACAGCGGCGUGAACGUGACGGGGCCGGGCGCGGGGCUCGGACCGGGCAGCGGGGUCGGGCCUGGGGGCAGGACCCCGAUGCGCCAAACGCUGUGGCCGCUCAGCGUGCACGACCCCACGCGCCGCGCCCGCGUCAAGGAGUACUUCGUGUUCCGGCCUGGCACCAUUGAACAGGCUGUGGAGGAGAUCCGCUUAGUCGUGCUGCCCACGGAGGACGGAGAGGUGCAGGGUGUGUGGCUGCUGACUGAGGUUGACCACUGGAACAAUGAAAAGGAGCGGCUGGUUCUCAUCACAGAUCAAUCCUUGCUGAUCUGUAAAUAUGACUUCAUUAAUCUACAGUGCCAGCAGGUGGUUAAAAUAUCGUUAAAUGCAAUUGAUACCAUUUCUUAUGGAGAGUUUGAGUUUCCGCCUAAAUCACUGAAUAAGCGAGAAGGUUUUGGCAUUCGAGUCCAGUGGGAUAAGCAGAGCCGGCCCUCCUUCAUAAACAGAUGGAAUCCUUGGUCCACAAGUCUGCCUUACGCCACUUUUAUAGAGCAUCCAAUGGCAGAUGCCGAUGAGAAGAUUGCCUCCCUCUGCCAAUUGGAAAGCUUCAAGGCUCUCUUGAUUCAAGCUGUCAAGAAGGCCCAAAAGGAAUACCCUUUACCAGGUCGAGCCAAUGGUGUGCUGGUCUUGGAGCGUCCUCUCCUCAUCGAGACAUACGUGGGCCUCAUGUCCUUCAUCAACAAUGAGGCCAAGCUCGGCUACUCUAUGUCAAGAGGCAAAAUUGGGUUCUAAACUUCUAUGUUCCAGUCCUCUUGCUAUAGAAAUUGUCAUUUGGGUGUUGUGACUGUAAAGGAGAUCCAUCACCUGCAGCAAGGUAGAUGGAGGACCCAGGGUAGGCUUCUAGGUAAAGGAUAUGUCAUGGAGACUCAUCUCUAGGGUUGUGGAUAGUAAAAUGAAUUACAGACUUCAGAUAGCGGUCACUCGGCAACAAUACACGCUAUCCACAAAGGGCAAAUUGAAUGCAGUUGUCAGUUGUAUUAGCCGAUAUUUUAUUUUCUAAUUACUUCUAGUGCUUUUUCUUGAGUGUGUGGGUUUUGCUUCUUUUGACAUUUCCCAGUGCACCCUUCCCAGCGUGUUCAUAGAAAGGUCAGAAUGACUCCACUUAAAAUAUAAUGUGAUGUUAAUCCUAUAUGAGGGGAGGUUCCGAAUGUCUAGUGCCUGUAGCCACAAAUGUUUACACUUAGUGUCAAUUUUAAUAUUUUUUAAAGAAAAAAACUUCAUCUUUUUUUUUUUCCUUUUUAAGAAGCCAAAUGCAAAAGUAGCCAACAGACUGGUCCACCUUAGCUGGACUGAGUCUUUGCCUUUGUUAGCUACUGUUGUGAAUGACAGUAGUUGUUUUGUAAAUAUAAGUUUGGUCUGAAGUCAAACUUUUUCUAGAAUGAAUCUAAAUUAUGUUAAUAUUGAUGCUACCAUAAACAGGCCCAAAGAGGUUUAUGGGGGUAAAAAAAAUCAUUUAAGACAAUUUACCUGGUUUUAUUAAGACAGUCACCUUGAUAAUUCUUUGCACAUGAUUUUAUUAACAUAUAUGCUGAGUUUUUUAUUGCCAUAUGAGUAUUUAAAAGGGAAUUGGUUCGCUUUGCACUCUUUAAAGGCCUCCUAAGUAACUCAUGUCUAAUACGGUUACCCAUGUUUGUAUGCAGGUCAGAACACUGCACUCACUUUAGCCAAGCUUUGGUGUCCUGCUGUGAAUAAUACAGUUGAAGAUGAUAGCCUUUUACAAAUACAUUAUACAAAUUGAAUUAUUGCUAGACUUGUUAGAAGAAUGAUCGUAUCUGCCACAAAAAACAACUUACUGUUGAUAAACUUUCCGUGCUGUCUGAGCAGCCCCUUGGCUGGUGUGUGCGUGCAUAUGUGUGUGUGUGUGUGUUUGAACACUUCAUUUUUAGUUGUUAGUUUGUCAGAUGACUGGCAUGUGUGUAUCUGGAAUGCAAUAUGCUGCAUGUCCAAAAUAGAAAGACCGUUUGAGAAAACA